AAGGCACUUCCGAUGCACGCUUCGGAGAAACAUGGCGGGUCCGUGGUGGAGGCAGUGCCGGAGGUGGAGUACAAACCGUACGACCGUGAGUUUGUUUGAAACCUUGUGGUACGCGGACGGCAGGUCGUCGUCCUCCCUGGGCCGGGCGUGCUGGAGCUCCGGGCCGUUAAACGAGGGGCAACCACCAUCCACGACACAGAUACACCUGAAAACACUAACUUACAAUUCUUCUCUAAUCAGACAAAAAUCACGGUUUCUGUAUCCCACGCGGCAACCCUGCUGUUGCAGAACAACACAUAGCGAUGCAAAGCUGAAGGAUCCCUUCACGUUAGCCCAGAAAGACAUGACGAGUCUAUAUGAUGACAUCAAAAAGGAGCUGUUUGUAUCCACAGACGAGUUAAAGUUUCUAUGCGACUAUUACUUCGAUGGCAAAGGCAAAGCAAUCCGACCAAUGAUAGUUGUCCUCAUGGCCCGUGCCCUGAACAUCCACAGCAACGGAUCUGGGGGGCAGAGGGCCGUAGCCAUGAUCACUGAAAUGAUUCACACUGCCAGCCUGGUGCACGACGACGUCAUAGAUGGAUCAGAUAAGCGAAGAGGAAAGAGGACGAUCAAUGAAGUGUGGGGGGAGAAAAAGGCUAUCUUGACCGGAGAUUUCAUCCUCUCGGCCGCCUCGGUGAUCUUGGCCCGCAUUGGUAACAACGCAGUGGUCAAAGUGUUUUCCCAGGUGAUAGACGACCUGGUGCGAGGUGAAUUCAUGCAGCUGGGCUCCAAAGAGAACGAGAACGAACGAUUCAAACACUACCUCGAGAAAACCUUCAAGAAGACUGCCAGUCUCAUCGCUAACAGCUGUAAAGCAGUAUCCAUUCUAGUAAACUCUGAUCCUGACAUUCAUGAGAUAGCCUACCAGUAUGGGAAAAAUGUCGGCAUCGCAUUUCAGCUUGUGGAUGAUGUUUUGGAUUUCACGUCAGGAGCCAAUCAGCUGGGGAAGCCGACUGCUGCCGAUCUGAAGCUGGGUUUAGCCACCGGACCGGUCCUGUUUGCUUGUCAGCAGUUUCCUGAGCUUCAUGGGAUGAUCAUGAGACGCUUCAGCUCUAAAGGAGACGUAGAUCGAGCCUGGAAGUUUGUCAUUCAGAGCGAUGGUGUGGAGCAGACCAGCUUCCUCGCCAAGCGCUACUGCCAAGAAGCCAUCAGACAGGUCAGCAUGCUCAGGCCGUCCCCGGAGAGAGACGCCCUCAUCAGGCUCACCGAGAUGGUGCUCAGCAGAGACAAGUGAACCUCCUCUGCUGGGAGGCUUCUUUUCAGGCAGCUACCUGUCAAGAAGGCAACUCACCCAGCCACUCGUGUGUCUGCGCAGGCCGGGGUCGGACAAAAAAAGGACGUUGAGAGAAGCAAUGGGAGUUUGGUUCGGAUGGACCCCUGGUGCUGGUUUUAGUGCCAACCCUGAACGAAUGUGGCAGCAGGCUGGUUUGUCGGAACAAAAACGGCACGCAGGGGUCUUUCUGAACUCAUGCUUCGUGGCUCUCUCAACCACUCCCACAAACGUACACGAGGGUGAGUUGCCCGAUAAUGCUAAGACAAUGGUUGAUUUUCCCAGUUCCUACAAGGAACCGGUGAUGAUUUGGAAAUAAACUGCAAUCGUACACAAACGGCACUGAAAACGGCAACCCUACCCUUCCUUGCAUACAGUACUGUAACUGUAACAACCUCCGAUGCCUCAGACUAGCCGACUGUGAGUGAACACACUUUGUUGCACGCUAGUCCUGAGCUGCGGCCGUGUUACAAAACAUUUGUAAUUCCAAAUGAGAAGUGCAUCAUUGUCACCGGUGUGUCUGUUUGGAACUGUUUUGACGUCCUUGGUGAUUCGUCCACACCUCGAAGGCCAAACAGUCUUGUCUUUUCGACUUUGUGAAAUGUUAUGCGGUUACUUUUGUAAUGCAGAGUGCCCUGUAACAACCAAGGCCUUAACAUGUACAAUGACUGUGUCCUCAAUAAACCACCUGCUUGAUUUUUUUUCUUUUUCUAUUUAAACGAAA